AUGAAAACUACAAAAAUAUUUUUGACUUUGUCACUACUUUUUAUGGUCAACUCAUCGAUUCUUUCAAAUUUAGUCCGUAAAUCAACAAUUGAUCACAAACUACUGCCAAAAAGCAUUUGCAAAAUCAUAAAUGACGUCAUAAGCUCAAAAACUGACACUCAGGACAUCCUCAUUGGUAAUGCAAGUGAUAAAUCUUGGUCAUUGACUAUCAACGAUAUUAUUCAGUGCAUUAACGAUGGAACAGCUGGUGUCCUUAUUACGGAUUUUAAAGAUGUAAUGAAGAACACAAAGUUGAGGAGAGCUUCAGUUGUCAUUUUUAAAUUAAAUCAAACAAAUGAGGUUGAUAUAGUUUCAAAAGUACUAAAUGUUAAAUUUCAGCUGGAUGUCCUCCCUGAUUAUUUACAUUUAUUUGAUUAUCAUAGCAAGCGUAAAAUGCACUUGACAUUUAAUACUGUGCUUAUUUACAAGACACAGGAUCCGAAAUUAUUUACGUACGAGAAAAAUGGCUACUGUGCUUUAGUUCCAAUUCCAUCAAAAGUUCCACUUUAUCAUCUCAUGUUCAUCAUGCCAUUUGAUGGACUCAUUUGGAUACUCUUUGGGGUCUCAAUUAUUGGUUCUGUUGCUGUCUGGCGAAUCUAUCGUGGUCGUGGUGCUGUUGAUUCUCAUUGGCAACUUGCUGCUGGCAUUUUUAUGAUGUUUAUCGGUCAAGGUGCUGAUUUUUCACGUCGGAAUCGAUUUGUACUUUCUUUUCUGCUCAACAUCAUCUGCUUGUCUGUGUUCCUGCUUAGUAAUUUGUACGAGGGUGCCAUAACAUCCUUCAUGAUUGAACCAGGUCACGUAAAUCGACUCAAGACUGUUGAAGAUCUUGUAGCAUCUAAUCAUGAAAUCGUAAGCGAUGCCGUAUUUGCUGACAAUUCGAUGAUUGUAAAUGAAUUUGAGAGAUUACUACCGAGAUUGAGAAUAAGAUCCGUCGAUUUACCAAAAAAUUUUAUAGAUGAAGUGAUCAGCCAACGCUAUGUCUACAUACUUCGAUGUGAUUCAGCAGAUUCACUCCUUCGAUCUCGACUACCCAAUGGCCGCUCCUUUACAGACUAUUAUUACAAAUUACAAGAGUUCCUUUUCUGGAAUUAUGUGGAACUGGAUGCAAGCUACUUAAAUCCACUAAUUGAGAGUUUUCAAUAUCACAUGGACUUGUCAUUUCAAGCUGGACUACCGCACAUGUGGAAAGUGUUUGUCAAGCAAAGUAAUUCGCAAUUAAGAACAAAUAUUAAAAGCGAGAAGGUGUUUUUGGAGUUGGAUGAUUUUUAUGCAGUUUUUGUAACUUUUUUUAUUUUGUGUGGAUUUUCUGUGGCUGUGCUAAUUGCUGAGAUCUUUUUUCAAGACUGUCUAUCGAACAUCGACCAAAAAACAAUCAACUUAUCGAUUAGAAAUUGUUGUCGAUUGUUGAAUAUUUGUAAUAAAAAGAAGCAGCAGUUAAAAGUUCACGAAAUUGUCGUGAAACCUUGUCGAGGUGCUGUUUAA